GUUCCGUCUGUUGACCCAGGUCAGUCCAACAUGGCGACCAUGAGUUCGUGUUUCGACGUUUGCUCGGUGCCGAGUUCUACCCGGUUACUGGGGAUAGAACCCAUGUGUGGAGGAGAGAACAUCAUCGUGACGACCGAGAAAAGUGUCCGAGUCUACAGGGUGAGAGACCAGAAGCUGCUGCACACCUGGUCGAUCCGGCAGGGCGGACAGCUGACCUCACCUGCCCUCUACAAUCCCCGCACUGAGGAGUUCAUUGUCCUGCAGAACAAGAAGACAAUAUGCCUGUGGACCAAGGAAUUGGAACAUCUGCACAAAUGUACCAAAGUUACGGUAAAAAAGCCCAUCUCCCACCUGAAGCUCCUCCCCGAUGCUGACCCCAUCAUUGUGUUUGAGGGAGGCUCCCCCUGGUGGCUGGCCAGCAUCACUGCAGCGCCUGACACGGCUGUGCUGGAUGUGUUAGAUAUCGAUGAGGAGCUGGUGUGGUGUGAUGUCAGGAGGAGGGGGGGCGGUAGAGUGCUGGUCGUCUGCGUCUCAAGGGAAGCAAAGACAAACAAUCAGAGCUCCAGCUAUACUGCCUACCUGUGUGAGAUGUUGCCAGGUAACCAGGACACACCCGACUACCAGACCCUGCAGCUGGCCUCGCCUAGCGAUGCCUCCACCCUCCUGUGCUGCUGUCUGGAUGAGCACCUCCUGUCUGUCUGGUCCUGUGGGUCUGUCUGCUCUCAUUCCCUGGAUUCUUCCCUUGCUGCUGCUGAGGACGAGGGCGUGGUCGUCCCCGGCAACGUCCUUCACAAACUUGAUCUUCCUAAGGGCGGGGUCAGUUCAGUUUCCAUGGUGAUGAUAGGACCUCACCAUGUAGGUUUGGCCAUGGAAGGCAAAGACUCGGUGCAGAUUUGGGACACCAAGUUCUGGACGCUGCAGGCUGAAAGGCCACUACAGGAUGUAGCUGGGAUGGGGGUAGAAAAGCUGUACAGAUACGGUGACCACAUGAUCGUUGCCAGACAGACGUCGGUCGCUGCUCUCUCCUUCUCCAUCCAACCCACAUCACUGGCUGCUGUCAUGGGCAAACAAACUGCAGAGGCUGCUGCACUUGUUCCUCAGGAGUGGGGAGGGCCAGCAAAGAAGAGAAGACAUUUGUCAGAGGAGUCCUCUGCUCUGCUACGGAGCUGGUACUUACUGGACUACUGUCUGGCAGCUCCAGCCCUGGACUGUUUGAGAGAGUGGAGAAGGAAAAUGACCUUGACCUCUGGCGCUCGUCUCUCCAGAAUGUCAAGGAGAUCCCAGAAGCCUCUCUGGUCGCACGUGUGCGGCAUCUGUUAGGGUUAGACGACUCCCUGCUGGCAGCCGAAUCAGCAGCUGAGGUUCCCAUGGAAACGGCGGAACAGGAUGUCCCAGCAUGCCCCCUGUCAGCUGCCAAAGCCACCCUCCUAGACCAGGUGCUGUGCCACUCCUAUAGUGGACUCUUCUUACAGGACAGCCUCACAGAGCUGCAGUUCACUCAGGUCAUGGUGUUUCUUAGAUACCUGCAGUACAAGUUGACCUCUGCACCUGCUCCAAGUCAAGGUCAACAUGGAAGUGUCCUCUCUGUGGACCAGGUUGUUGACUGGCUGUGUGCCCUUGUGGAUGCCCACUUCACCCAGCUGGUGCUGACACCGGAGUCACGUGACGUCCUGCUGGGGUUACACGAGGUCGUCCGACAGCGGCUGCAGUUCUACCAGGGCCUGAACGACCUUGACGCCCUCCUGGCCCAGCUCAAGGACAAGUCUGCACCGCUGGUUACCAAGAAACAAGACGAAAGUCUGUACAGUAUAAGGACUAUACAGAUCUUCUGAGGAGUUUAGUUUUGUUUGAGGCCAUCAGCUUAAUACAACGGUUCUUGGAUGUAAUCUCCAAGUAGAAAGCCACUAAACUUUAAACGUUUCUUAGAUCUUGGAAACAAGACGAGAGUCUAUACAGUAUAAGGACUAUGCAGAUCUUCUGAGGAAUUUAGUUUAACCAUCAGAUAACUCCAGGUAGACAGGCUAUACUCAACUUUUCUCGGAUAUUGAAAACAAGGCAAGAGUCUACAGUGUAAGGACUAUACAAAUCUUCUGAGGAGUUAAGUUUAAUCAUAAGAUUAUACUAUAACAGUUCUUGGAUGUAAUCUCUGCUGUAAGGUAUAAACUUUAAGUCAAAACUCUCUAACAUUUCUCAGGACUUGGAAAGAAGAAGAAAGUCUGUACAGUAUAAGGACUAUACAAAUCUUCUGAGGCCUUUAGUUUAACCAUCAGUUAGCCUGUGUUUACACAAGCUCUCGCCGGCUGGGCUUAAUGACCCCCUCCUGCCUCCUAGGGCGGCGGCAAUCGUAGGGCCGGCCGCUAGGGGCACGAUUUUAGUCAGGCUAACCAUCAGUAAUCUCCUGGUAGAAUGGCAGAACUACAAGAUUCAUCUUCUGAGGAGUU